UGUGGGGGGAUGAUAUCUGAAAGUGACUUGAAAAGAAGGGGGAUGAUUAUAUUGGUAUUUCCCCCCCCCAGUCAAAAAGUGAGGGGUGUGUGUCCCCCAUGAACCCUCCCCCCUCAGAUUUCUGCCCAUGCUAAGGAGAGUCACAUGUCUAACAAAAGAAGCAUUAUUGUUUCCACUCCAAUUAAGGAGAGUUUUCAAGAAUUUUAGUAUUCUGAUUUGUUAAAUAACACUGACAACCCUUGACGCCAGGCCCCUCCCUCUUUAAGUCAACAUGUCCAAUUUUUAACUUCACUAUUCGUCUUCUUGGAUAUUAAGUUGUACUUUUCCUGUCUAUACCCACACCACCCUGACAAAUUCACACAUCCUCUAAGCCUUCAAAUUUCAUCCAAUUCUGGAAGUUCCGUAAAAGAAAAACAAAUUAUUUACACUUGGGGAUAAAUUUUUGCCCAUCUUUUUUUAAUUUUUCAGUAACUAUUUGUUUCUAUUCUUAUUUCCAGAAGGACAUGAAAAAAACAAGGAAAUGAACCAGAGAAAACUUUGAAUUCAUCCAGGUAGAUUGAUAUAGUAAUACAAUAAAUAAUGAUAAGGAAACAUUUAUAUUGUGCAGGUAUUUUAGAAAUAUACUCAACUGCACAUGACAAUACCCAUCACUAGCUGAGGUGUAAAAUUAGGUGUUGGAAAAUGCUUCCUUGAAUUGAUGAGCUUUAAGAACAAUCUUGAAUGCAUCACAGAUUUGAUAUUUCUUGCAUGAAAGGACAGGCUGUUCCAAAGCUUAGGGGCUACACAAACAAACGCAUGGUCUCCAAGAGUAGCCUUAGUUCUGUGAAAGGGAUGGCUAAGGAUCAACCUGUCAUGUGAACUGCAAAGACUAUACAUUAUGUGGCUGGGAUUUAGUGGCCAGUAAUUCAGAGAUGUAAUCUGGUGCUAAGCCAUGCAAAGUCUUAAAUAUAAUCAAAAAUAUUUGAAAUACAAUUCUUUGUCGAACAGGCAACCAGUGAAAUUAUGAAGCUGGUCAAUGGGACUAAUGUGAACAAUUCAUGGAGAGUAUGUUUCACAACUCGUUAGAGUUGCAUCUUCAGCUCUACAUGGUGGGCGGUCAGGUGUUUCUCUUGUUGCCGGUGACUGGUUUAUAAGUGGGUGAAGGUUGUGCCACAGUCCUCUUCCCUUAUUGAGAGAUGGGUUUUUGGCGUUCAUGGACACAGCUCCACAGACCCCUCCCUCUGAAACCAGCUAGAUUCCCUCUCUGGAAUGGAGGGUAUCAAUUUGCCUUCAAAAUGGUGGCCUGUUGAGUUCAGAGAGAAACUAAAACACAGACAGACUGGACCUUGCCCUUGUUGCCGCAACUAACUUGACAAAGGUGAGAGUUUAUAAAGAGGUGCAUUAGACUGAUCUUGGUUGGAGCCUUGUGAGAGUUUCACGAUGCCAAGCAGUGUGAUGACAUUCACAUUUUUGGCCUUGACUGCCAUAAUGGUGGGGACCAGUGAGGCAGUAGUGGGGUGCAAGGGUGCUGAUGGAUAUCCAGUUGAUUGGUUUAUUGUGUACAAACUUCCUCAAGACUCAGCCAGCUCAAUACCUGAGAUUAGAGAUGGGUAUGGUCAGAUGUACAUGGAUGUCAACAAUCCAGUCUUGACACUUUCUAGUGCCUCGCUUAAAGACACUAACCAUGCCAUCGCCUACACACUGGAAGAGAUUUAUCGGAACCAUGGAACUGGGAAUUUGGCACAGGUUAUGUACAAUGAUCAACCACCUCCGGGCAAAGAAAUCCAGUCAGGUCUUUACGGGCAUACUAAAGGUGUCCUUGCCUUUGAUGAUGACACUGGUUUCUGGCUGGUACACAGCGUACCUAAAUUUCCUCUACCCUCAUCUAAAAGCUACAAUUGGCCAGACAAUGCCAGACGUAAUGGCCAGACAUUGCUGUGUGUUACCUACAAUUACAACCAGUUUGAAAAAAUUGGUCAGCAGUUGAAGUACAACUAUCCUUGGGUCUAUGACAACACCAUCCCUCCUGAUUUGGUUGGCCAGACGCCCAGCAUUGUGGAUUUGGUGAACAACAUACAUGUAACAUCCCCUCCAUGGAAUUGUCGAUUGAAUCUGCAAUCUAAAAAUGGGCAGACGUUUGUCAGCUUUAACAAAGCUGGCAAAUGGGGAAAAGAUCUGUAUGCAGGUUGGAUUGCUCUCGAUUUUAACAGUGGCCUGUAUGUUGAGACAUGGCAGAACGGGGGACGCAAUCUGAACUCUUCUUGCAUUGGCGGCCUUAAUGUCUACAAUGUCAAGCAAGUGAAUCUGAGUGGUGGAAGCAAUUUCAAGGGCACCAAAGAUCACUCCAAGUGGGCAGUGGCUACCAAGUCUGGCCUGAUAUGGACUUGUUUUGGCGGUAUUAAUCGACAGACCUCUCAAAUGUAUCGUGGUGGUGGCGCGGUCUGUUUUGAGAAUUCAAACGUCCACCAGACCUUCUAUAAUGCUGUGGCUGAAUACGAGCCGUGUUAAAGUGGAGUCGUAAACCUCCAUCGCUUGAUCUCUGAGAUGACACUUACAUCCCAAUCUUGUGUUGUUCACUUUAAGGGGACAAAAUUUAAGAUUGAUGAAAUUUGUAGAUGAUUUUAAUGCUCAAACUUUUAUGUUGAAUUAUUACUUGCCAUUUAAUCCUCAUUUUUAAAGGAAAAUAUCCAUGCAGUCUUAAGUCAUGGGAUUUAUUAUUAUAAUUAGAAUUUAGUACAAAUUAGUGACACCAAGUCAAAAAUGGCCUGAGGUUUUGGACUCGACUAGAGUUCAACAUUUUAACCAGAAUAUUUAAUAUUUGGAAUUGUAAUAGAUUAUGAUUAUGCUUGCUAUCAUUAAAUGUAAUGUUUACUAUGCAGACUGUGACAAAAUCCAGAAAAAAAGUAGACAAUCAGGGUUUGUAUCAAAUUACUAAUGUGCCUAAAAACUUGCUGAAAUAAUGUCCAGAUUCAUAAAAACUGUUCAAAUAUGUGAUUUUUAACUUUUGCAAAUCUUGUUCAUAAUGGAUGUACAUCGUGUGCAACACCUCUAUGAUUCUUUACAAAUGCAUUUUGUAAGUUAACAAAGAUCUUAAAUCAAUUUCAAGAUGUUUAGUCCAUCUUUUUAUUUCAUUAACAAAGUGCCAUUCUCUAUUUGUGAAAUUACACAGAAUUUGACUGGAUUAUUAUGUGGUACUAACUUUCAGAACUAAACCUUAAAAGUUGACCUAUAGUCCAAGAAAAAAACAGUCUCUUUGAGAAAAAGGGAUUUUAAAUUGCUGAAAGUGUUACAAAAAUGUGUGUCCAUAUUUAUGUCUUUCACACAAGAUUGUAAACAAACUACAUAUUUCUUCUUUAUUAUUUCAAAAUUGACCCAUUAUGCAGAAAACAGUUUGUAUGGAUUUUGCUAUGAUACUGUUUUGUGUUUUUUAUACUUAAGCUUUAAAUAUGUACUCAGACAACUUCAAAAUUGUGAUUUCCAGUGUGAAUAGAUUAAGAAUCACAUGUCUGUGGAACAAGCAUCAAAAUAUAAAUUUUAACCAACAGUAUUCAAUCAACAAAAUGGGUCAGUUCCUAGCAGAAAGGAUAAAAAGGUUCCUUACAGAUAGUGGAUAAUCACUCCUUGCCUUGGUUCAUAACCAUCAGCAUUGGUACAACUUUAGGUCUAAAUGUCAAGGGGCGCCUGGGCACCACAAGAAAAUGAGCUACAGCUACGGGUGCAUAGCUAUGUAAAAUCAAUGGAGAUGAUUCACAGAUUUCAAUUGGAGGGUGCACCUGGAGUUAAGGGCAUCUUCCGGGGCCCGUGUCCCCUCCCCCCAUUUGUGUUGAAUGUUAAAUGUUAUCAAACAUUUUGAUUUGCAUAGUUUGCCACUAUUUUAUAUCAAUUACUCAGCCAACUGAACUGGUUCUGUUGUGAUUCGAAGUUACAAAUGACGAAGAAUGACAGGUGUAAAUUGGAACAUGUGAAAUGUUUCAACGUAGUAAUUGCCAGGAAAUUAAUUUUUUUCUGUUCAUAUUUCAGAAAAUUCUUGUAAUAGUAUUAACUGUUAGUAUUAAGUUGUGUAUUAUGUUGUAGUGAGUGUGAUGAAUAUUCAUUGUAAUAAUAUCAAACAUUUAUAAGGAGCACAGUAUCUUACAGUAUCUACAAUUGAAAGGUGCCAAUAUAUUAUCAUUAUCCCUACUGA